GCCUGAAAAGCCUGGUAUAGCGACACAGGGAUUGUCAGUCUCUCUGACUCUGACUCUGACAAAACCCCACUUUAAACAAAGCAAAUGGCUUCUGCCUUGGCUUACCCACCCACACCCGGACCCAAAACACAGUUUCCUCACUCAUUUCCGCCACAGCUUUAAAGCUCGACGAAAUGGGUGUCUGAAUCUGUGAAAAAAGUCUGGUUUCUUGAAAAUGAACGACACCCAAGUCGUGAAGGUCAAGCAUGAGGAUGAUGAAGGAUCGUCGCCGCCGUCGAUCAAGCUCGGUCUUGCGAUCGGCGGUGAUGGUGGUGAUUGUGAGGUAGUGGGGAAGAGGAGGAGGAGUGAGUUUACGGUGGCUCAGUUGGAUGAGUUGGAGCAUCAGAGGCUUGUUUAUAAGUACAUAGCUGCUGGGUUGCCUGCUCCUUUUCAGCUUGUGCUUCCCAUUUGGAAGAGUGUGGCUGCCGGUUUUUCUAAUGCUGCUUUCUACCAGCAGUAUCCCAGCUUUCUAGGAUAUGGGGGUUUCGACUACAGGAGUAAAAUGGAUACUGAGCCAGGAAGGUGUAGAAGAACUGAUGGAAAGAAAUGGAGGUGUAGUAGGGAUGUAGUGCCUGAUGAGAAGUACUGUGAGAAACACAUGCACAGAGGGCGCCAUCGUUCAAGAAAGCCUGUGGAAGCUUCUCAAGUCACUUCUCCUCCCAGCACAAAGCUACUGAAGAAUUCUGACGGCGAACUGUUGAAUUCAAAGAAAAACCUUCAGAUUCAAACCCCCAAAGGCCUUCAACUUAUGGCGCAACCCUCCAAUAAUGGUGGUGUCAGCCACAGUCGAACUACCUUCUCUAGUGGCUAUCAUGAGUUACCUAAGAACAAUAUUAGUACAGUUGCAUACACUACCAGCACACCUUCAUAUAGAACCGCUGUUACCCCUGCUGCUGUAGCCCCUUCCACCACUGCUGGACAAAUGACCGCAACCGCCAGCACUUGCAAUGACAAUAAGAUCUGGAUCGGUGUGAAAGACUAUGGUUGCAACUACCAUGCUGGUAAUUAUGGCAUUAUCAGAGGAAGCAGAAACAACAUCAAUGUUGGCAGUAAUAUAUCACCCGGAUCAGGCUUCUCCCCCAAAAGUGUUCUUCAGGCAGGACAUAUGAUUCUUGUAAAUUGCAAUGGCUUAUACUUUGACAACAGACGUGGCGAAGAACUUGAACCAGGCAGGUGUAGGAGGACAGAUGGAAAGAAGUGGCGGUGCAAAAGGGAUGUUCUUCCUGAUCAGAAGUACUGUGACCGGCAUAUCCACAGAGGAGUAAAGCAAAUGAGAACCUUUGGCCCUGUUACUGCUGCUUCUACCUCGGCCACUGCAAUGAAUUCUACUCGGCCCUCUCAGACCACAGGCAUAGCUGGAGAAACUGAUUGUGCAAUCCCUAAUACAAAUCUCACCAUGUCCAUCCCAGCAAGAUCACCACUGAUGCAAAAUGAUGAAAAAAGUGAUUCCACCAGCGACAGUGACGCAACCAUUACAGACACCAGCCUUGCUGCUUAUGAACAGCUGAUUUAGGUACCUCUGCAACCAAUUUCUACGAGAAAAUUGGAAUAUCAAAAGCAAUAAAAAAGGAAUUGGGUAUCGCGUAUUGUAGCAUUUAAAUUAGGUAAAAGAAAUGCCUUGUGCAAUGUGAGGAAAUAUUAGCCCAUGCUUUACAUACUCGACAAUAUGUUCAUGCGUUUUCUGGUAAACUGGUGUUCUAAUUAAAAACUAGUGUUCUCAUAACCGUGAUAUGAGAAAAUAAUAUUUUUUGGGUCA